CUGAACAACACAUGGACCCUCUCAGCACAGCAGCUACGAAAUACCGAAGCAGUCAAAUAAAAGACAACAAGACUUGGUAUCACUAUGUUACCCAUACGUUCUUUGGAGAGAAUCGUGCUUAUCAUUGUGCUGUGGGAUCUUUGCAGUUUGUUAUAUCUGGAAGGAUUACCACUUAGCAAGAGGUCAAUCAGUGAAGUUCAACUCAUGCACAACGUUCGGGAGCACAAGGAGAUGUUAGAAAGGCAGGACUGGCUUCAGCUGAAGCUCAACAAUAUCCUCAUACCCUCAUUAAAUGACUCCCAAAAGGAGCAAAAAGGGAAAACCAACAGCCCAUCUAUCAGACGUUUAAGAAAGGGGGAAGGUGCGACAUGGAUCUUGAAUUGA